ACCGGAAUGUUUAAUGAGUGGGGGAGUUUAACAGAGUUGUGCUCCGUGACAAAUUACUUGGGAGAGUGAAUCUGAAUCUUACUUGAGGCAGGUCAGGGCCCUCCACCACAUUUCCUGGAGGUUUUGCCUAAGUAAGAUAAAGGCCUACGAUCAUACAGAACUUGCUGCUCAAAAGAAGAAAUGCUUGAAAACAAAAGUCAGAAUUGUCCUGUGAGUGGGAGAGACGGAAAGCCUUUGACUAUACCUAGUAGUCUCUUGUCUUCUCAUUUACUACAGAUGCCAGCUGGAAGAAUCCCAUGACAGCAAGAGAGUAGCUUCCUGGUGCCAGUGCCCUGUUGUUCAGGCAAAUUUGCUAUCAUUCUCACAGAAUGGCAGCUCUUGAUCUGUCUCCCACAUGUGCUAUGUCCACCCAGGACCCUGCCUAUCUCCAGGAGUCAGAAAUUCCUUUUUCUUCAAAAGAUCAUUCCUGUCCCCAAGAUGUGGACCUGUUUGCUUGCAAUGGCUUGGAGCUUCAUAUGCAAACCAUUGGUGGUUCCCAGGAAUCAGUGACUUUCCAGGAUGUUGCUGUGGACUUCACUGAGAAGGAGUGGCCCUUGCUGGAUUCUUCUCAGAGAAAACUGUACAAGGAUGUGAUGUUGGAGAACUAUAGCAACCUCGCCUCAGUGGGGUGUCAGGUGGAUAAACCCAGCCUCAUCUCCCACUUGGAGCAAGAAGAGGAGCUGAGGACAGAGGAGAGGGGACUUCACGGAGGCUCUUGCCCUGAUUGGGAGACUCCAUCUAAAACCAAAUGGUCCAUUCUCAUGGAAGAUAUUUUUGGGAAGGAAAUUCCCAGUGGUGUGACAGUGGAGAGAACUCCUCUUGGAGAGAAAUCCACUGAAUAUGCUCACCUGUUUGAAGUCUUCAGUAUGGGCACUCAUCUUACUCAGCAAAUGGGAAGACACACUGGCAAGAGGCCAUAUCACCGCCGGGACUGUGGGAUAGCUCUCAAGAACAGGUCACAUCUAACCCAACAUGUGAGCAUUUACAAUGGGCGAAAAAUGCAUGAAUGUCAUCAGUGCCAAAAAGCCUUCACCACAAGCGCUUCCCUUACCCGGCACAGGAGAAUACACACUGGAGAGAAACCCUACGAAUGCAGUGCCUGUGGGAAGGCUUUCAAUGAUCCCUCAGCCCUUAGGAGUCAUGCGAGAACUCACCUCACAGAGAAGCCCUUUGACUGCAGUCAGUGUGGAAACGCAUUCCGAACGCUCUCUUCCCUGAAGAUACACAUGAGAGUUCACACUGGGGAGAGACCUUACAAGUGCGAUGAGUGUGGGAAGGCGUACGGCAGGAGCUGCCACCUCAUUGCACACAAACGAACACACACUGGAGAGAGACCUUAUGAAUGCGUCGACUGUGGGAAAGCUUUUCAGCAUCCCUCACAUCUCAAAGAGCAUGUCAGGAAUCACACUGGAGAGAAACCCUAUGAAUGCACGCAAUGUGGAAAAGCCUUCCGAUGGAAGUCUAACUUUAAUUUGCACAAGAAGAACCACAUGGUAGAGAAAACAUACGAAUGUAAAGAAUGUGGGAAAUCCUUUGGUGAUGUCUUAUCACGGAGAAAACACAUGAGAAUUCAUAUCGUAAAGAAACCCGUUGAAUGUAGACAGUGUGGGAAAGCGUUCAGAAACCAGUCCAUCCUUAAGACACACAUGAAUUCUCACACUGGAGAGAAACCGUACGGGUGUGAUCUAUGUGGAAAAGCCUUCAGCGCGAGCUCAAACCUAACUGCACACAGGAAAAUACACACUCAAGAGAGACGCUAUGAAUGUGCUGCCUGUGGGAAAGUCUUUGGUGAUUAUUUAUCCCGGAGAAGGCAUAUGAGCAUUCAUCUUGUAAAGAAGCGUGUUGAAUGUAGACAGUGUGGGAAAGCGUUCAGAAAUCAGUCGACCCUUAAGACACACAUGAGAAGUCACACAGGAGAGAAGCCGUAUGAGUGUGAUCAUUGUGGGAAAGCCUUCAGCAUAGGCUCGAACCUUAAUGUGCACAGGAGGAUACACACCGGGGAGAAACCCUAUGAAUGCCUGGCCUGUGGGAAAGCCUUCAGUGAUCAUUCAUCCCUUCGGAGUCAUGUGAAAACUCACCGAGGAGAGAAGCUGUUUGCAUCAUCGGUGUGGAAAAGGCUCCAAUGACACAUCUUUAAGAAAACCCAAGAGCUCAGACUGGGAGGAAACCUCACAGGUGUCAGGAAGGCAAGAGAGCCUUGAUGAACUCAUCUUAUUGGGCACAAAAGAAUACAUGUAACUUGGGAGAAAUUCAGUUUGUGUGAUGACCUGGAAAGACUUGAGUUUUUUAUCAUCACUUUGGAGAUUUGUGAGAGCUCACGCUGGGGGAGAAAAUGUCUGUCUGUGGUGUCGAGAGGCUGUCACUGUACAUUCAGCUCUUAAAAAAACAUGAAAAUUUAGGGAGAGAAACCCUAGCCUGGUAUUUAAUGUUGAAAUGACUUCUUAGCACUGCCUUGCACCUUCUGGGCACAUGAGUAAGCACACUAGAGAGAAUCUCUGUAAAUUCACUGACUGGGCAAAUCUUUCCUGGUCUUACACUGUAUUCCUUGUGGGGGAAAUCAUACUGAACAGAAAAAUCUAUCAAGUAAGAAUGGGGGCAAGUCUGUAAUGGGUAA